CUCUUCAUGACAGGGCUGAGACACACUGCGGAGAGCAAGUGCGGGUUGAGCGCAGGGCAUCAGCUGCAUUCCCGUUAUAACAGGAGGCGUUUGGAAACCCCAACUUCUGCGAACAAGUGCCGACACCGAGGCCCCACAACGAGCAAAAAUGCUGGACACACUGAGCAACCAAUAUGAUUCAUUUUUGUUCUGGAGGCAGCCUAUUCCAGAGUUGGAUCUUGCAGAGCUGGAGAUCCUGGAACUUGGAGGUGGGAUGCCGAUGAAAACAGCUUCUAGCAACAAGAAAAAAGAGGCACAUCAUUUCAGAGACCAAGAGAAUGAGGAUUCCUUCGCGAAGUUUACUACUUUCAACUAUUGGCGAGCUCCCAUAGCCAGCCUAAGUUCAUUAGACUUGGACUUGCUUUGAGAGUAACACUCACAUUUAGAAAGAUCUCAUGAUGUGGCCAUCCUAAAGUAACUAUUUUUAAAUCGGGUUUUGAAUUUUUGAAGGUAGUGUUCUAGAUUAGAAGUGAUCUUGCCUGCUGCACAUCACAUACCAUUUCAAGAUGGAAUACAGCAGAAAAAGACAUUUUACAAUGUACCAAUUAAAUGAACUAGAUUUUUAAAAAUGUAUUUAUCUUAAUUUAUGAGCAUUUUCUCUUGUUGUGUAAUGAGUUGUCCUUUUAAAGUUAAGCUUGAAAGUUUUAAAGUGUGGAACUGAUGGUUUUGGUAGUUUAGUCAUGAACAAUGAAAUGGUUAAUGCCCCCUUAAUGGCACAAUUUUAAACAGUAAUGUGUUCAGCUAUUUGGUUCCAUUCUGCUUCUCCCGGUGAGCUUAUAAAUGCAAAAAAAAAAAAAAAACAACACACAACAGAUUUCAGCAUCUUUUGAGAAUUUCAUAGGAAUUCCAAGACAAAUCAAGAGAUGUAACACAUCCUCAGUCUGCCCUGGGAUGUUCUUUCUGUUGUCUGUAGAAAAUACAAUUACAGAGAAGGCACUUUAUGAGGUGACGUGAUGUAUCUUUACUUUGAGUGCUGAGUGCCUAACAUUAUACUCUUUAUUGUAUUUUCCUUGUCUGUGGUGUACAACUUUGCUUGACCAGAGCACAUAACUAUUCCUCAGUUUUUCACAGCCCUAUGAGAUGUUAUGUAUAAGUAGUAAAUCUCAGUUCUAUGCCCAAGAACUUUGGAAUCUUUUUUCAACAGAUGUCAUGUUACUAGUAUGCCUAUGAUGGGGAUAAAAACAGAAGCCCCCUGACUAAAACUAUAAGGCUAGUUCAGCACCUUUGGAACAUCAGCUUUACUAGACUGGCUGCUAAAGUGAAUCAUAACAGACUGUAAAAAUUAAACUUAAAAAUUUUCAUAUGGGUAGUAAAUUGGUUCCACUUACAUCAGGUUAUAUUUAAGCAUACAUGACAGAUCAAAUAAAUGUAAAUUACAUCUGAACUAGUCUUAGAGCAGAUACAGUUAGCAUCCUUUGAAAUAUCCAAAAUGAGGAUGAAUCUUUGCUAAGCUCGUUCUGUUCUGAGGUCUAGGAAAGGUUAAAAGCAAACAUUUCAGUUUAAAACACAGCCCGUCUGUCUGAGCUGCAGGUAGUAUUCUGAGUUAUGGAAUAUUUGUUAUUUAUGAACUGCUAAACCUGCUACAAUAUGCUUCAUUAUAAACAAAACAAAAACAAAAACUGGUUGUUCUGUGAAAAUCUAAGAGGUCGGAUAUCCUGGAGAAAAAGUCAGCUUUCCAGACAGGCUUCUCCUUUGAUUCUAGAUGUUUAAUCAUGUUAGGAAAGAUUACCUCAUUGUUUACGAUCCACUUGUGGAGCCGGUUAUAAGUAAACAGUGUGACUGAAAUCAUUUUGUGCUUAUUGCUGUAACACAUAAUAAUUAUGCAAAAUAAACCCAAAGACUACUUUGGGUUUUUGUUUGUGCUGUUGUAACAAUUGGGUCCUCCAGACAGGGUUUAAUCCUUUGCAGAUGUGGUUAAAAUGAGUAGUACAUUUUGUAGCUCAUAGGGUCAGGUUCUAACAGCCCUACACUCAAUUCUCUUCAUUUAGUUAAUGAUAUAUUGACAUCCAUUAUUUUGAUAUGCAUAGCCUACUAGACAGGGGAGAGUUACAGAACUGUGUCUUUUAUAGUUCCAUGCAUUUGUCUCUUAGAGACUAGAGACAUUUGUGGGUCAUGCUGAAGCUUCUUUUAAUGGUAUGAUAAUUUUGAUUACCAUUCACAUGAUCCAUUUGAAGGGAAGAAAAUGGCUGUACUUUAACAGACAAAAUGUCUUUUUUUUCCAUUUCUGGCUGUAAUUAAUAUAUUAAGAGCAUUUUGCUAGAUGCAACUUGUGGUCUUUUGAAGACAUAUGUAUAAAAUCCUGUAUGUAUAAGGUCCUGAAGCCUAUCCUAGCAGUAAUAAGCAAAAUAGAAAAAAAUAUCCUAAAUGAAUGAUAAUUCUAAGGAGGGUUUGCAUAUGUUGGACAAAAUAGGGAAAUUAUUUGGACAGCAUAAGAAGGAUGGAAUAAGCCUGAAGACAAGCAGAAAACAUUAAAGUUCCACACAAAAUUCUUUGCAGAUGUUUAACUGAGGUCAAAGUGCUGUACUAAUAUGUUCUCGUGGUAAACCACUGAUACUCGUUUGAAGCAGAAAGCCAAAAUAUAGAAAGCCUAAAUCAGAAAUUGAGGCUCCAAGCCAUAUUUAUGUGACUUGCAAAGUUGUAUAGUUAUAGGAUGAUGUAAUAUUUGAAGUAUUGUCCCAUCAUAUAAAGACAGUAUUCCAAGACACCGUUAAUGUUGUUUUUAUGUUCUCAAUAGACUCAUAAAAAAACGGCUUAUAAUACACAGAAUACAAUUUUGUGUAGCUUGUAUAAUUACCACUGGACAUAGUCCCCUGCUAAAGCAAGCUGUGAUCAGUAGAAUAGGGAGAAGAUAAAGAAUACAUAUAUUUGAAAGCACUGAUUGUAAUGCUUGUGCACAAAUAUAAUAAUAUAUAUCCAAAUAUAAUAAUAUAAAACCAUUUGUUGAACCUGGUUUUUCCAUUUACAUGCUGCGUGGUCCUGGAAGCUGUUCCAGUGCCACUUAGCCCAACAUGGCAAGCAGUGCAUCUCUGGACAUGAGCACUAGUUUGUCCAGUUGUACACUCUCUCAGGGCUAUCUCAGAGCUUACAAUUUACUUAAUAAGCAAAUCUUUGUGAUAUUGGAAAAAUCAUAAAGUACCUUUAGAAAACCUAGAGUCAUUGGUAGAAUGUACAGACUCAACACAAACAGUGACCAAGCCAAAGAACUAUGAGGCAGAAGUGCUAAUAAACAUUACUCUUCUCUGCUGUCUAUCAGAAUUAGUCUUUUUUUUUUUCUCCAAUUGUAGCCUCCAUUUUGACCUACUCUGUUCAAAGAGAAUAUUUGAUUGGUUUUGAAAAAUGUGUGAAAUAGUAUGGAUAAAGUAAAUUAUGUAUAAAAAUGAUUUUGCUUCAGUAGGGAGAACAAUGGGAGAAAUUCAGUAGGUGGACAAAUCAGCUGUACCUGACCACCUAACCAUAAAUGACCACACUUUGUUGACAGAUGGCAGUCCAUCAAUAAAUCUGUGACAUGCGUUAGGUUGAUUAUACAGCUUAUUGAUUAUGAGAUAAACUUUGCCUUUCUAUGAACACCUGCACAUUGGAUUAAACAAACACAAAAAUAGCACACUUGUGGAUUUGCUCAUUUUAUUUAUUGCACUUCAGCUUGUGCAUUUGUAAGGGAGUGCUAAGCAAAGGAUGUAUUUUUUUAAUAUUUUUGCUUUGUCAGUAUAAUUAAUGCAUUAUAGUAUAUUCAAAGCACUUCUUUUGGUUUGUGUAAACAGUGUAGUGGGGUGGAAAUAUUCUCCAAUAAAUAAUGUAUGUAGAUUAAAAUAUGACAUAUUUGAUCUGAGAGAUGAUCUCUACAGAUCACUUUGCCCAUGAGUCAUGAAACACUGUCAUUAUUAUUUUUUUUUUUACUUUUGGGUAAUAUUUUGAGCCAGCUAACUGAUAAAAUAACAUACUGCCAUGGCUUUUUCCAUCAGACUUUUUUUUUCGCUUUAAAUAUGAGCCAAAAACUGGGUCAUUUUGCCUGUGUGAAAUCUAUCACUGUAGGAGGUCUCAUUACUGACUGUUUGCCAACUGUUUGUGCACAGCUCUGACACUGCAGUGCUUUGCUGCAGGUUUUCUUCUGGAUUUGUGUUUACUAAAAGUGUACCUCAUGUGCUUUACUAUAUAUGAAAUGUCUCUUCUGCUGAUAGCCAUUAAGUGUGUAAUUAAUGUGAAUACAGGUUUGUCCCAAAUCAACAUUCUGGAUAACCUGUGAGAGUACUAAACAUGUUAAAUCCAAUUUGUAUUGCAUGGAUUAAAAGCCUUAAAACUGUUAAAUAAACAAAACAAUGCUUCAAAGCC